CCCACGCAAACGAGAUACAGCACGUUCGGAAGAGAACUGCUUGCAAUUUAUUUGACAAUAAAGCACUUUCGACAUAUGCUUGAGGGUACCAUUUUCACAGUGUACACAGAUCAUAAACCCCUCACGAAAGCAUUAAACGCCAAGCACGACAACUAUUCGCCGAGGGAAAUUCGACAAUUGGAGUUUAUUUCCCAAUUUACUUCUGACAUACAAUAUAUUAAAGGCCAUGCUAACGAAGUAGCAGAUGCAUUAUCAAGAACGAUGAUUAACGCUCUCAUCCAAACCGACAUUGAUUAUCAUAAACUAGCAGCGUUGCAAAAUAUGGACGUAGAGCUAAAUAGACUAAGAUCAUCCAAUACAACUUCUUUAGUAUUCCGAGAAACUCCGUUCGGCAAAGUGAACAUAAUCUGUGAUAUUUCUACAGGCAGACCACGACCGUUUAUUCCGAAGCCGUUUAGACGAAAAGUUUUCGAAACUAUGCAUAAUAUAUCACAUCCUGGAAUUAAGGCAACGAUCAGUCUGAUCAGCGACCGUUUCGUAUGGCCAAAUAUGAACCGAGAUGUUCGCAACUGGACACAGGCAUGUAUUAAAUGCCAGAAAGUUAAAGUUCAUCGUCACACAAGUUCCGCAGUAGGUCCAUUCCGUCACCCAGACAGCCGAUUCGAGCACAUACAUAUCGAUAUUGUGGGACCACUGCCAAUUUCGAAUGGCUUCAGUUAUAUUUUUACCUGCAUAGACAGAUUCACGCGAUGGCCUGUAGCGGUGCCCAUAAAAGAUAUUUCAGCAGAGACAAUAGCUAAAACCUUAGUCGAACAUUGGAUCUCAUAUUAUGGAGUCCCUGCUCAUAUCACAACCGAUAGAGGAGCCCAAUUUGAAAGUCGCCUCUUUCAACAACUCACAGAGCUCCUCGGCAUUAAACGUAUACGCACAACCUCCUACCACCCGAUGGCAAAUGGUAUGGUAGAGAGAUUACAUCGACAACUAAAAGCAUCUCUUACAGCUGUUAUUAACAACAAUGACUGGGCCAACAAGCUUCCAUUAGUCAUGUUGAGUUUAAGAUCGACGGUUAAAAGAGACAUAGGAUGUUGCCCUGCAGAGUUAGUUUACGGAACUACCCUACGUCUACCAGGAGAGUUGUUCAUCUCAGGUAAGAUUGUUCCAACUGAUAUAACUAACUACGUACGUCGUCUAAAAGACCACAUGAGCGAUCUAAGAAUAACGCUUCCGCAGGAGAAUCAACAUCGAGUAUAUAUUCCGAAGCAACUAAGCGAUACCUCCUAUGUAUUUAUCAGGAGAGAUUUUGUGCGACGUCCCUUACAACCAACCUACGAUGGUCCUUUCAAAGUUAUCGACAGAAACGAUAAAACUAUCACCGUAGAUAAAGCUGGAAAAACGGAUGUAGUUAGCAUCGACAGAGUCAAACCAGCUUUCAUUGAAGGCGAAGAACAGCCAAUAAACGCAAACCCAUCGAAAGCCAUUGAAUCGACGAAAUGCGAGCUUAAACCCUCUGAAGCGGCAACACAGAAAACAGAAGGAAGCCCACCAACGACCAGAUAUGGACGAAGAGUCAGGUGGCCGCAAAGAUAUAUAGCUACAAUUUUGAACUGAUAAUUCUUCUCACCAUUUCGAACACAUUUUUUUUUGCUUCGCAUCUGUACGUCGAAAAUUUUAAUUUAGCUAUUAUUGCCUUCGAUACAUUUAGUGUAUUUCGAAAUUGAGAUGUAACCUAAAAACAUUGCUAUACUUUUGUUUGAUCUUCUAUUCCUUUGCGACCUCACGAACGUAUGCGAAUAGAGUAACUUUAACUUCCGAAACUUUUGAUGUUUUCCGACAAUUUUGAUUUUUUUUUUCUCGCAAACAAAGACAUUUUCGUAACCUUGUUUGCUGGAAGGGGGCUAUUGUAGUGCCUCCACAUAUAUUUCACUUCUCUCACAUCUAACUUGGUUAAGCCCUUUCGAUUAAUUUAUUUAACCAAGCCAUUUGUAUUGCAACAACUUGUAUGUACCAUUGGUAUUUUUUAUUAUCUGGUUUGUAUGAGCUAGUAUGACUGAGCAUUGCUUAACGCCUACGCAUAUAUGCAUCCUAUUCGCUUUAAUAUUAAUCUCUUCAAUACCACGAUGACUCAGACAUUUUCCUUUGUAUAUAUACGAACAUUUUUUAUCUUAUUAAUUCAUUCGCACAUUCGCAUAUUCGCUCGCUAGUCUGUCUGCCCGGUCUGUCUGUGGUCUGCUGUUAUUAAUUGUGGUGUGCUUCAAUAAACGUAUACGCUACUUGGAAUUCAUCUUCUGAUUUAUUAACCGUCAGACGUCAAUUGGAUAAGGUAGUCUGAACGAGCUCAUCGCGAAACGUAAGAACACGCAUUAAGCCGGCACACCUCAUCUGGUAAGCCCAACGUUUCCAGUAAUAAUUCGACGAUUCCGAUGACAAAUCGAAUAUAACCAACCAGUUGGUAAUUUCGAGGACAAAUCGAACAGAAUCACUAACUGGUAAUCCCGACGUUCUC